CACUGCCCCCGUUCAUUUUCGUAACCUCAUUUCUUCGUACCGUGUAUAAGAUAUGAUCGUCGAAGAUGCGUUCCCACCUUGCAAUCACUCAAGUCUCAAGUCUACGGCAAGGAUAUAUCUUGAUCGCCAGCAGAGCAACAAACGAAGUACAUUGCAAGCCAGGGCGAACCCUCGCUGAUAGUUUCAUAAAAUUCAGAUCAUAAUUCGCUGCGCCAAAAUAAAAAAACAUCAUCCUCAAGAUGUUGGCAGCCCUAAUGAGACCUGCUGUCGCCUCGCACAGCAUCAAGGGAUUGGGCUGGGUAGUCUUUGGGUCAUUCACAGUGCUUAGUGCUGCAUAUCUUAUGAAAGAGCUGCCCCGAGAGGCAGGUCAGAUCGACAGUGCCCGAGCGCGUUUCCAGACGGCGAAGCAACUUAACGAGCAAAGGGGAAUGUGAGAACGAUUGGUAUGGCGAUGAUUUGUGACGCACUCACUCAUCGUGGAUGCUCUCAUUGGCUAACAAAGCCCCGAUUUGGAUGGGCCCCAGUGAGCAGAUGUGUUUACAUGGAGUCUUCCUUGUCCAUGGGAUACCCUUUUAGACCGUUUCAAAAUUCUUGAUCAUUUGUGUAGAGCACUACUGGCAUCAUCAGAUAGCAUCA